AGGGGUGGAGGUACAGGCACCAACAGUACUUAAGAUGCUGUCUUGGUGGGGUAUUCAGACUUGGGAAGGAAAGUGUGCAAAUACAGAGUUUUGUCUCAGAAACUCUAGCUUUAAGAAAGGCUAAGAAAGCACACAGAGGAAGGAGACCUCUAGGAGGAAGGAAACUGUCAGUGUGGGUCAAAAACACAAGCUUCCUACUUGUGCGAGCACAGACUCUAGUGGAACAGGUCUGCACACAAUGCUGAGGACGACCUGGCUGUGCGUGAUCCUUGUAGCCUUUGUCAGCCACCCAGUGUGGCUACAGAAACCUCACAAACGCAAGCCACAGCUCAAAGCAGCCGGCUGCUGUGAGGAGAUGAGGGAGCUCAGAGCCCAGGUUGCCAACCUCAGCAGUGUGCUGGGGGAGCUGAGCAGGAAGCAGGAGAGCGACUGGGUCAGCGUGGUCAUGCAGGUGAUGGAGCUGGAGAGCAGCAGCAGGCACAUGGAGUCGCGGCUCAGCGCCGCCGAGAGCAGGUACUCCGAGAUGAACAACCAGAUGGACAUCAUGCAGCUACAGGCUGCGCAGACUGUCACGCAGACCUCUGCAGAUGCCGUCUAUGACUGCUCAUCGCUGUACCAGAGGAACUACCGAAUCUCUGGAGUCUACAAGCUUCCUCCUGAUGAGUUCCUGGGCAGCCCUGAGCUAGAGGUGUUCUGUGACAUGGAAACUUCAGGAGGAGGCUGGACCAUCAUCCAGAGACGCAAGAGCGGCCUUGUCUCCUUCUACCAAGACUGGAGACAGUACAAGCAAGGGUUUGGCAGCAUUCGAGGUGACUUCUGGCUAGGGAACGAACACAUCCAUCGGCUGACCAGGCAGCCGACCCGGCUUCGCGUGGAGCUGGAGGACUGGGAGGGCAAUGCUCGCUACGCAGAGUACAGCUCCUUUGCACUGGGCAAUGAACUGAACAGCUACCGCCUCUUCCUGGGGAACUACAGCGGCAAUGUGGGGAAGGACGCCCUCCUCUACCAUAACAACACCGUCUUCAGCACCAAGGACAAGGACAACGACAACUGCCUGGACAAGUGUGCACAGCUCCGAAAAGGCGGCUACUGGUACAACUGCUGCACAGACUCCAACCUCAAUGGGGUGUACUACCGCCUGGGCGAGCACCGGAAGCACGCGGAUGGCAUCAGCUGGUACGGCUGGCAUGGAGCCAACUACUCCCUCAAACGUGUGGAAAUGAAGAUCCGCCCAGAAGCCUUCAAGCCCUAGGAGAAGGCUGCUGCCAACUAUGGAAGAGGAGGGAGAGCAUCACGGGAGGAGGGUGGACAGAGGGUCGGAGGGGACGGCUUAUCAUCCAGGAGCACCAUACAGCUUCACCUGUGUGAGCACAUGCACACACAGUAGAACCACACACUCGGCAGUGCACACUAGCAGAGAGGCCAGGCGGAGCCAGUGGGGAGGACUGAGUGGGUCCACAGAGCGGCGGCUCAUCCUCACCCUGCACACACCUUUCCUGUGGACAACGGUAACCCCGAGGUCACUUAACCCAUUUCCCUAACUGAGGGACACGAAGGAAAAGAACAAAUAAAAAGCUGGUGUGCUUCUCAGCGGAGAGGCCGUGAGAAAUGAAAGAAGGUGGCGGAGGAGGGCUUUCUGUUCUUAUCCUGGGACACUUCCUUGUGUCUAUAGGAUUUGUUUUGUUUGUCUUUUUGAGACAGGGUCUCUCUACACAGCUCUUGCUGUCCUAAAACUCACUCUGUAGACCAGGCUGACCUUGAACUCACAGAGAUCUACCUGCUUCUGCUUCCCAAGUGCAGGGAUUAAAGACAUGCACCACCAUACCCAGCAUAUAGAAUCUUUAAGACACAGAAACUGUAGAGACAGAGACCAGCUGUCCAGGUUGGGCUUGCUUCAAGGCGUGGCCAGGACCUUAGGCCUUGCUGUCCGAGUCCUGGGAAGAGAAGGGCACUGCAAACCCUGCUGUGGUGCUGACGUGGGCGAGAGGGCUAGCGGGAGGUGAGCACAAGACUGCCUUCAAACAUUCUCAGUCAGAAAACAAAAGAUCCCCUUUAACAAACAAGUCUGGAAAAUGCUGGUAGGUGGCGCUGUGGUUUAAAACUGCGCUGUUUAGAGAAGCAUCUUCCUUGUAAAAAUAAAAUAUUGUAGUUCCUAUUUUGACCAUUCAAAAUAUCUUUUUCUUUUACAAUAAACACUAUCAAAAUUUGA